AUUGCCUGGUCAUCUCUGUGCUCUUCCUCGAACUCCAUCAGGCCGGAGUCCACGAACCCCGAACUGCGGUAAUCCAUACAUCAAUACCACCCGUUUUCUUCUGCUUUCUCAGCGAUACCUCGUUAACAUGACAAACUACACCCAUGUCACCUUGCCUUAUGGCGAACUCCCCAAGGACGUGAUCAAUCUUGGGACCAUGCUUGGUCCGUUUUUUCUUGGCCAGUGCUUCAACUGGGCACUGUUCGGGAUCCUCUGCUUGCAGAUCUAUAUCUACUAUCUCCGUUUCCCAAAUGACCACAAGUGGAUCAAGACCUUGGCCUACGGUACCUUCACAUUGGAUACUUUCUUCAUCAUAUGCAUGACCCAUGCGGGAUGGCGUGUGCUCGUUGCUUACUGGGGAGAUGUGAACAUCUUCCACGAGCUCACCUGGACAUGGGCGCUCCUGCCGUUCAGCUCGGGCUUCGUCUCGAUGAUUGUGCAACUCUUCUUCGUAUAUCGCAUUUACCGAUUGAGCCAUUCCUUCGCCAUGCCCUUCAUCAUCACCAUGGUCACAGUCACUCAGUGUGCAUUUGCCAUCAGGACCUCGAUCAUCGCUCACAAUGUUCGCAGCUUCCGUUACAUUCGGGACUUUCUUCCUGCUUUCUGGCUGGGAGGUUCGAUACUCGCAGACAUUCUCAUCUCCUCAACCAUCGUCCGCAUUUUGUGGAGAUCGAAGACGGGCUUCAAGGAUACAGAUUCGGUCGUGGCCCGUUUGAUGAGGUUGAGCAUUGAGGCUGCCGCUGUCCCAACGAUCUCCGCGACGAUCAAACUCAUCUUCAUCUACACAAGACACGACAACGUACACCUCGUCAUCUGCAUGCUACUGCCUCGCCUCUACUCCAAUGUGCGUUUUGACGAAUGAAUCGGAUUACGCUGUUCUGCGAUGACUAAGCGCUUUUGUAUAGACGAUGAUGGGUAUGCUUAAUGGACGGGAUCAGCUUUUCGGGGGUGGUUCGAAGCCUGAUACGAUGGCUGGCGCCUCCCGUCUUGUAGACCCCGACACCGGCUCGGGUUUCUUGCAUUCCAUCCGGUCGAAGAUCGCUUUCGUCAC